AUGCAAAGGAGAACGAAUUUACGUUGCGCCAUAUUUCCAGAAUUACUGAUUUCUGUUUCCCGUGAUCGUAGUCGCAGUCCUUUAUCGCCAAGGAAUUAUCAGGACAGUUUUAGAAGAUAUGGUGAUUUCCGAGGAAGAAGCCCGAUUCGCGAUAGCUUUGAUCCGUUCGACGACCAUGAUGUAGACCGUAGAGACCAAUAUCUAUGUAAUGGAUAUAGUGAAGGAUUUGAUCAAAGAGGUGCUUUUCGUAGAGAGGAAGGUCACUUCACAAAUAGAGAGCUUGGAUUUGCUGAGCAAAGAAGAAAACACAAGACAACAGACAAAAGAAACCUGUCAUGGACGUCCGGGAAAUUUUCUAACAAUGCGAAGACUCCGCGCGUUCCACUUUCGAUUUGUAAGUUUUACAACAACGAAGGAACUUGCAAACGAGGCCAGUCAUGUGACUACUUACACGUAUGUAAAUACUUUAUAGAUAAUGAUUGUAAGUUUGGAAAUGGAUGUAAGCGAUCACAUAAUGUCCUAGACGUGCAACCAAGGAAAGUCCUCACAAAAUACGGAAUAGUGUCUGAUUAUUACGAUAAGAGAGACGACAUACGUGUAAGAGAACUUACACGAUUGGUAAAAGAAAAGCUUGACAGUCAGGAUGCAAAACCGCAAAUCGAUAUAUCAAGGAUAACCUAUUUUAAAGAAACUCAAAAUGCAAAGGCACGGCCAUUUUUAACGCAAGGAAAAUCUAUUUUUAACAUCGUAUCUGACAUUGGGAAUACGUCCGAUAAGGAUAGUGAGGACAGUAUGGAAAACAACACAUCUAAAAUUUCCUCAAUAUCGAAAUCUUCUAACGGAACAUCAAAGCAUAAAACAGAUAUACCCCAUCAGAUAUUUACUGAAGAAGAUUAUAUUCCUCUCGAACGUAAACCA